AUGGGGAUGAGCAUUAAGAUUAUAGGAGGAUUCAUAUGCAGCUUGGUUAUUUUAUUAUACAGCACAGAAAUUUAUAAGCGAGUUUCGAAUUGAAACAGCUAUGCUGAAGUCCAGGAAGACACUGUAUGCUAUGAAGUAUUUUUUAUAGAAAUUUGGCUGAUAUUUCAAAAUACAAUUUGAAUUAUUGUAAUUGCGAUAUCGCUCUCACUAUUGAUUAUUCCUAAUAACUUGAUGGUGAUCUUAUUGGCUUUAUAUGUUUUAGGGCCUUUUUUCCUGUUUGCAACUCUUAUAUGCCUAGCUAUCACUAUAAAGUUUUUCAGUUGUUGUAAUGAUGAACAAGAUAAUUGCAUUGAUUAUUUUCCUUAUAAAGAACAAUCAGAUUUUCUUAUGAUAAUGCUGGUGUCACUUAUGUUUUCAAUUGCAGUUUGCUAUUCUAUGAUAGAUGCUAUGUUUGGACUUUUUAUGUUUAGGGAUUACAGAUCUAGCAUUUCUCACAUGAUUCCUAUGUAUAUUUAA